CCACACCCAAAUGUAGCUUUUGCUUUGACGUACAGUUGGUGAGGAGCUGCAAUAUUAUUGAUGUCAGAAUGGAUCUUCAUCACCAGCACUUGAUCGGUGAUUGCCUUAUUCAUAUUUUUACGUUCUUGCCGGAGGAAGAUUUAAUAAGUGCCUCCUGUGUGUGUAAGGAUUGGAAUGAAGCUGCAGAGACUCCUUGGUUAUGGAGGAGGAUGUGUCUGCAGAGCUGGGGCUUCUGUAACCUCGCUGUUUUGGGGAGUGAACACGGGAAUCACUCAUGGAAGAGAUACUACCUGCGACGUUGCCGUUUAGAGAUGAAGAUGACGGAAGGUAGAUCAGGAGGUUACACCUGCAAAAGCCUCAGAGGACACACAGGCAAGGUGGUGGGGUUGGUGUACCUGCAGGGGAAUUCAGCUCAGCAUCCUGACAUCUGGAGCAGCUGUGCCACAGUGUGUAGCGCCUCUACUGAUGGAACAGUCCGAGCAUGGGACAUCCAAAAUGGUGAACUCCUGUGGUGCAGUCCUGUGCAGAGUCCUUUGACAGUGAUUGUAAGUGAUGAAAAGCAAGACGUUGUGAUCACAGCAGACUCCACAGGCCUCAUCAAGACCUGGCAGGGUCAGACCGGCCAGGAGUUGGCCUCCUUUACUACUGCAUCUCCACACUGUACAAUACUACAGUACAAUAUCAACAACAAUUGGUUUCUGACUGUUGGAACCAGUCAGGGAUCUGUGUGUACACUAGCUGAUCCAGCUUUGACUCAAAAGUCCAGCACCAUGGUGUGUGACACAUUUAAAGUAAACACACUCUUAGUGUCACCUGACAAGAAAUGGAUCACUGCUGGAACCAAGGACAAUGAUGAUUUAAGUCCAAAGGUGAUUUACACUGAGAGUUUGACCUCACCGUCUGAGGACGAAGAUCCUCUGUGCCAAUCUGUGCCGGUCUCCGGCUGCCAGGCUGCUGUCUUCAUACCCACCCAGCCUGCCAGACUGGCCAUCAUCCACCAUAACCAGCGCCCAAACAACAAAGCCCUCACUGUCUUCGAUGUCAGCAUUAAAAAAACUAAGUACAAGUCAGAGAUCCAGGUCCAACAGGUGGAGUCCUUCCCCUUGACACUGAACACCAGUUCCUCACACAUCCUUCUCGAGGCCAAGGACAGCAACUGCUUAGUGUUGGCAGCUGGUCAGGAGCUAUGGGUCUACUCUUUGAAAGGAGCCCUGCUUGCUAGCUUUAAAGAUCAUACUAUGCCUAUUUCUUCUAUAUCUGUGGACCGCUUUCGUGUGGUGACAGCAUCUCAAGACCUCUCCUUACGAGUGUUGACAUGGAGAAAUGACAGAGACCAGAGGUUGACCCUGGAGAGUCGAUACCACUUACUGGGAGGCUCUCACACAAUGUCCAGAGGGUUCACCCAUGUUGCUUGUGACUACUCCAGCAUCGUGGCCUCAGCAGAAGGGAUAGACGGGAAAGAUGUCUUAAAAGCGUAUUCUUUCACCUCAUGAGCGUCGCUGCUCCAAAAAAAGGGGCCUACAAACAGUGUGCACAACCCUCCAGAAGGAGGAUCAUUUGCUUUUAUUAUGAACUUGUCAUCAUAUACUGUAUGCAGACAUUAGGAUGGGAAGUCUAUGUUUACACAAACCAGAAUAUAAUUUUGUAAAGGUGUAAGGAUAAUGUUCAUUGACUACGCUUUUGGAGCUGAGGUAUGUCACUGUUGAAUAUGACCAGUCUUAAGGCAUAAUGUUUGCUAAAUAUUCUUUCAUCACCUGUCACCUGCUUCAAUAUGUCACUACAGAAGAAAAUACUGAGACAUAUUAUAGUUAUGUAUCAGUGACAAUAAUCUCUGACAAAAUAAUCUAAUGACAAAAUGUACAGUGAUACAUUUUUAUAUUUAGCCCAAAUUGACAAACUCUUGGAAAAGUUAUUACAUAUGAAACAAUUUGCCCACAAGGCACAAAAGCAUAUUUUUUUCUUUCAUGCCUCCACAUGGAGGUACAGGCAGUGCACCGCAUAUGCAUGACUGGUAGUACCUAUGUUAAAGAGAAGGGAGACGCUGGCGGCUCAUCUGCUUCGACGACCCUGGAUCUCAUGUCCUCAAGGACACAUCGUAGGGCUGUAGUCAUGGAUUCAUACACUUUGCUUCCAUCCUCUGAUUUAUUUUUGAUCUGUUCAAAGGCAAACAACCCUCAAGUUGUUGAAACUAAACCAAUGACAAGGAAAUAAAUUAAAUUGUUAAAAUUAA